CCACCGCUGCCACCGCUAGCAGCUCCUCUGCUCCGCCCCGGUCCUGGUGCGGCCCGGCCGGCCCGCGGGGUGCAGAGCCGAGGUCCGCGGCCGACCGCAUGAAGGACUGCGAAUACCAGCAGAUCAGCCCUGGGGCCGCCCCGCCGCCCGCCUCCCCCGGGGCGCGCCACCCCGGCCCUGCCGCGCCCCCCGGCCCGGGCCCCGGGCCCCCGCCGCCCGCCGCCACGCCGCGCUGGAGCAGCAGCGGCAGCGGCAGCGGGAGCAUCGGCCGCCGCCCGCGGCGCAAGUGGGAAGUGUUCCCGGGCCGCAACCGCUUCUACUGCGGCGGCCGCCUUAUGCUAUCCGGCCACGGCGGCGUCUUCGCCCUCACGCUGCUGCUCAUCCUCACCACCACCGCCCUCUUCUUCGUCUUCGACUGUCCCUUUUUGGCCCGCCAGCUGACCCUCGCCAUCCCCAUCAUUGCUGCCAUCCUGUUUUUCUUCGUCAUGAGCUGCCUGCUACAGACAAGUUUCACCGACCCCGGAAUCCUGCCCCGGGCCACCGUCUGUGAGGCAGCGGCCCUGGAGAAACAGAUCGACAACACAGGCAGUUCCACGUACCGGCCACCCCCUCGGACCCGGGAGGUGAUGAUCAAUGGGCAGGUGGUGAAGCUGAAGUACUGCUUCACCUGCAAGAUGUUUCGGCCGCCCCGGACCUCACACUGCAGUGUCUGCGACAACUGUGUGGAACGGUUUGACCAUCACUGCCCCUGGGUGGGCAACUGUGUGGGGAAACGGAACUACCGCUUCUUCUACGCGUUCAUUCUUUCCCUCUCAUUCCUGACGGCUUUCAUCUUCGCCUGCGUGGUCACCCACCUGACGCUGCGCUCUCAGGGAAGCAACUUCCUCUCCACUCUGAAGGAGACACCAGUAGCUUUAGAGCUCGUCAUCUAA